GAGAGAGACUGGGCUAAGUGGACAGACCUCACGUUGAGCUCAGAUGAACCUCGGCAUCCUUUCCCACGUUGGAUCAUUUCAGCCCCGUUAAACCAGAAGACCACCGGAGCAAAACCGCAAACACACGGUGAGCCUCUGCAGCAUGUGCACUGCAUGGGAAUAUGUGAGUAAAGAAGCCGAAAUGAAGACAAACACCAGGGAGAGAGGCGGAAGAACCGAAGCAGGGGCAGGACGAAGGCAUGCUGGAAAUAAACCAUCAUAAAAACCGGCAGCUGAUCAGCCCUUUGUCAGCCACUUCACAAGACAAAGUGAUCGGUGAACCUCAGCAAUGGCAGCACAUGUUGUGCUUCUUUUUCUUUUAUUCUGCAAAUGGGAAAGACACGGCAUCUCAGAGGCUGUCGGCCUUUCAGAGGAGGAUCCGGAUUCUCAAGUAAUAUCAGACAAAAAGCAACAAGUUUUACAUCAUCCAAAGUCCCUGGACAAAAUUUUUAUUGGAAUCAAAGAAUUGGAAAACCAUGUACAGGCUUCAGAGAGUGAUGCAAGAACUCUGCCAAAUGUGGCUUUUCAACUAAAUGACAGCAAACCUAAUGAUUCUGACUUUAAGAGGAAUGCAGCAAAGCAAAUCGGCAUGAGACUUAAACCUUCAGAUUCUUCUGCCAAACCUCUUAUACCUAAACUUAGCUCUGAACUCAGUGUGAACCGUGAGAAAAGGAACAAUUUGACUAAUGGAGAGGUUGAAGGUGUAAUUAAUGAUCACAGUCUAGUGCCAAGCUCAGAGGAGGAGUACGCUCUCCAGCCUCGACUCUAUUUGGAGACAGGUGUCGGUGACGUUCAGCCUGAGAGGCUACGGGGCCUCUCUAAAUGGGUCACAGAGUCUGAACAUAGUCAGUCAGAGCCUUACCUGCUGCCUCACUCCCGCCGCCGUAGGAGCUGGCUCUGGAACCAGUUCUUUGUGAUUGAGGAGUACAGAGGGCCUGAGCCUGUGCUCAUUGGACGGCUGCACACGGAUAUGGACAAAGGAGACGGAAGCACUAAAUACAUGUUGGAGGGAGAGGGAGUGGGCUCUGUGUUUGUGAUCGACAGCAAGACGGGCAACAUACAUGUCACCAAGUCUCUGGACCGAGAGGAGAAAGACCAGUAUCGUCUCGUCGCGACUGCUACAGACCGUGAGACCGGCCGAGCCCUGGAGCCGUCCUCUGAGUUCAUCAUCAGAGUUCAGGACAUCAACGACAACCCACCUGUCUUCCCCAAUGAACCUUAUGUUGCCAUGGUGCCGGAGAUGGCCAACAUAGGCACGUCAAUAAUCCAGGUCACAGCCAGAGAUGCUGAUGAUCCAACAUAUGGAAACAGCGCUCGGCUGGUGUAUGCCAUUACUCACGGCCAGGACUUUUUCUCUGUGGACCCUCAGACAGGCAUUUUGCGGACGGCGGUACCUGACAUGGACAGAGAGACUCAGGAUGAGUAUCUGGUCGUCCUCCAGGCCAAAGACAUGGGGGGCCAUCUUGGUGGAUUAUCGGGAACUACGACCGUCACAGUGAGGCUGAGCGAUGUCAACGACAAUCCCCCUCACUUUAGAAGAAGUGCGUGGUCCUUCUCUGUAUCAGAGCUGGCGGCACCAGGUGUGGAGGUGGGCCGUCUCACUGCCACUGAUCCUGACCUGGGAGAAAAUGCACAGCUGGAGUUUACCAUCCUGGACACUGAGGAGGCUGAAAUAUUCAACGUAACUGGAAGAGAUAAAGAGGCUGUCAUUGUGCUGAACAAGAUCCUGGAUUAUGAAACACGUAAUUCGUAUACUUUCUCAGUGGAAGUUACAAACCCUAUAGUGGAUCCCCGAUACAUAAGAAAAGGUCCCUUUAAGGACCAGGCAACAGUCCGGGUCAUGGUCCUUAAUGCUGAUGAGCCACCGCGAUUCUCCCAGGCUCUGUACCAUCUGGAUGUUUCUGAGAACUGCCCCCCUGUCUGCUCUGUCGGUCGGGUCUACGCCGUGGACCCCGAUACAGGACAAAGCACCAACAUUAGGUACUCCAUCGAUCCCCAGUCAGACCCAGAGGCUCUGUUCCGCAUCGCCUCUGACACUGGCUUUAUCAACACUGUGAUGGAGCUGGACCGUGAGCAGGAGCAAUGGCAUAAUAUCACUGUCAUCGCCACACAGAGGGACAACCCAAAUCUUGUGUCAAGGGUUGUGGUUGCCAUAGAGACACUAGACCAGAAUGACAAUGCGCCGGAGUUGGACAGGCAGUACACGACGUCAGUAUGUGACUCCAGUGCCCCCGGUCAGGUGGUUCAGGUUUUACGAGCCAUCGACAGAGAUCAAGGAGAACAGGACACUUCGGUUCACUUCAGCAUCCCUCCAGAGUCCAGCUCUGCCCUCAACCUCUCCAUCAGAGAAAGCGGAGGUGUGACAGCCAGCCUGGUGCUGCAGACAGCCUUAGAGCCCCUGCCUGGCUUCUCCUCAUCUUUACUCACCCUUUACGUGCCAGUCGUGCUGCGCGACGGGGCCUCGGGUCUAACCAACACUGGCACAGUCACCGUGACUAUUUGUCCCUGUUUGCGGGGGGGCAUGCAGACUGAGGACAGGGGCAGACAGAGGGACAGGAGAUGGGAGAGACACAUGGUUUGUCUUCCCGUGCCGUCCGCCUCUCCGUCUCUUAUAUUCAGUUUGGUGACAUUACUGGCCAUGCUGGCCUGUGUCACAACUCUUCUGGUGGUGUGUGCACUCUCGCUGUCAUUGCGCCAUCAGAAACGAGACUCCCACUCAACCUUCGAGGAGGAUGAUGUCAGGGAGAACAUCAUAUCGUAUGACGAUGAGGGGGGAGGGGAAGCAGAUACCGCAGCUUUUGACAUUACAGCGCUGCAGAGCAUGCACAGAAUACAGCACAUGCACAACAACCGAACCAUAUGGUACACCCAGCAAAAUCUGCCAAGGGCCAGGACGUACAGCUGGAGUCGUCACCCACGCCCAGGCCUGGACCCUCAGCAACGUCCGGGCUCCGCUCCGCUCUACGGGCGCUUCUGCUACGGCCUCCACACGCUGCCUGUUCUCAGAGAUUAUCCAGCCGGGCCACUGGAGGCAGGUCUGCAGCUAACUCAGCUGACCCACGGGCUCACCAGAGGUCAUUUCAACAAUUCCCUCAUCAUCCAGAACCAGAACACCUUUGAGCCUGCGCUGCACUCUCCUGAGAUGAGCACCAGUAGUUUCGAAGCAGAAGGCAUGGCGAAAAGCAAAAUUACAGAGCGAAAUGAAGGCAGUGAAGCAAUCGCAGCUGGCACAAAGGAGAAUCAGGAUCCAGCUAAGACAAAAUCAACAGAACCAGAGUCGACACCGAUCACCAGCAUGGCUGCAGAUUCGACCUACUGUGACCCAAAUGAGUCUUCAUGCCAAAGUCACACCAGCUUCUCAUCAAACCAACAAGAGGGGCGACCGGGGUCAUCCCAGACUCAAAUCAGCACUGGAGCCACGAGCUGCACCGUAGAUGACAUUGAUACUGAUUCUUCUAUUCCCUCCAUUUCCGAGCAAAAUUAUUCAAACAGCAGUCAAAUGAGCUCUGUAAACACUCCUGUGUACCUGAAAGGAGACACAUACAGCAUUGUGGGCUCGCUGAACCCAAACAGCCGAGGGACGUGUAUGAACGGGACUAACAGCAGCGGGCUGUACCCAGCGGGAGUGCAGCUACUGAACAUGUGUGGACUCCAGGGAAAGGAUUUGACCCCACAGUCUUUGCCCUUACCUGAGGGGAUGUUUGGCAACAGCAGAGGGUGGGCAAGUGGGGCGGAGCCGGCGAGAACAGAAACGACCAACCCGCAGCCUCUCAGGAUGGAGGAGCUCUUGAAUAUUCGUCUGGACCAGGUCACCUUUGACCUGUCACAGCCACCAUAUGACUCACUGCAGACUUACGAGUUUGAGGGCCGUGAUUCAAGGGCCGAGUCGCUGAGUUCACUGGAGAGCGAUGGAGAAAAGGAUGAGGGGAGUGUGGUGGGAGGGAUAGAGGAGCUAAACCAGAAGUUUCAGAGGCUGGUGGAGAUUAUCCGAGAGAGGAAGAGGGAAAAGGAAGGAGAAGGAGAAACGCCAGCGCCAGAGCGAGGCAAGACAGCAGAGACCACCCUCAGUGAGACUCAUAAACAAAGUGAGGACAAAGGAGCUAAACUACAGAGAUGGGAUUUCUAGACUCCAAUAAAAGAAAAGUUUCAGAGAGGAGAACUAUGUUGGAAGUGAUGGAUUUUAAACACAGCAGGGGUGGCAAAAUACACAGCCUCUGACAGAGAUCGUCUUGUUGUUUGCCCCCUGCCAGGAGGGAUCCAGGAGGCUGACAGUACAGUGAAGAUUUGUGGCGCAAUCAGUGCACAGCAUAUAGUUUUCACCUCCACUGAAUUUUAGCAAAUGCAUAUGGAACCUGUCACUUUUCACACUUCUCUUGUAACUGAUAUUAAUAAUGCACUUGGGCUUUCAAAGCUAACAUUAUGAAAAAUUUACUUUUAUGUAAAAUAUUGAUUCUAAGCCCUGAAAGCUGCAUUGUUAGAAAAUAGGCCUCAUCAAAUAUUGACUAGAAUUGUGACAUUUAAUAUGGAUCGUUUAAUAGGGCCACGCGCUCUAGAUAAUCCCUGAAAUUUAUAAGCAUUUGGUUUGAAUUGGAGAAUUUUAAAACACGAGAAUUUUAAACAUGCCACGACACACACACUGCCGCAUGUUUACAGAGCCUCUCCAAUGAGUCUAGUUGUAUCAUGUAGCUCUGCAGAGAGACUCCUGCAAGUAGUCACCAUUAUAGUAAAACCUGCUCACUAUGCAAUUUGCUCACAAUUAGAAAUAAUUAGACUGUCACUGUCAGACUUGUGUGUUGUUGUGAAAGUACAGUAAAAAAAUGUUCAUAUGUAGAUAAACAUCAACCUCGACUUCAGUGAUUAUUGCUGGAUAUUUACUGGAAUGGCCACACGGGAAAUGCAAAGGACUGAUUUUCAGUUAAACUGUUGCAGACACGAGCUUACACUAUACAAUUCCCCGUAAUUUCUCCCACGCAAGAUUAUUUAUAAUUCACCAUUGUGUUUGGCCGUCUAGAAUUAUCUCCAGAGGCUUAUUUAUCUCCCACCUUUUAAAGAGACAAAAUUAGGCAAAAGCCAUUAUGCGACACAGUACACACAGCCAUUGUUCUUGUGAUGAGCCCAGAACACAGGCAA